CAGCACAGACUGCAUGUUUACUCAUCGCAGCUGGGAUUGAAAGUGGCUUUCUGCGUCUCCGUUCGCGUUAUUUGGAUACUGAAGCCCAAAGCGUUCCAAGAACGUUGGUUUAAUUUCUGUGCGUUGGACUCGAGCAAAUGAACCCAGCUGAGAAUAAUUUCUAACAACUACGGGAAUAAAUCAGAUCAACACUUUUCGUCCAAUUUCUUCAUCCAACACCACCAUCUGAUGAGUCUUGAGACUACAUCAGGGAUCCGGCCCAUUACUCGGGCACUGGACAUGGACCCAAGAGGAGCCAAAGUGGCACUUGCUUUUCAGAGGAGUUCUACCUCCGAUGACGACUCUGGAUGCGCUCUGGAGGAGUACACCUGGGUUCCUCCUGGAUUACGACCCGAGCAGGUCCAGAUCUACUUUUCCUGCCUGCCAGAGGAGAAGGUGCCAUAUGUCAACAGCCCUGGAGAGAAACACAGGAUCAGACAACUACUCUAUCAGCUGCCACCGCAUGACAAUGAGUUCCGAUACUGCCAGACCCUCAGUGAGGAGGAGAGGCGAGAGCUCCACAUGUUCAGCAUUCAGAGGAAGAAUGAGGCACUUGGCAGGGGAACCCCAAAACUGCUUCCCAGAGCACUGAAGCACAUUUGCAAACAUUGUAAAGAGAACAUCAAGGGCGGAGAGAUGGCUGUGUUUGCUUCAAGAGCAGGCCCUGGGCCAUGCUGGCAUGCAGCAUGCUUUACUUGCUCUACCUGUGAAGAGCUUCUGGUUGACCUAAUCUAUUUCUACCACAAUGGCAAAAUCUACUGUGGUAGACAUCAUGCAGAGCUUCUGAAGCCACGCUGUUCAGCAUGUGACGAGAUAAUCUUUGCUGAUGAAUGUACUGAAGCUGAGGGUCGUCACUGGCACAUGAAGCAUUUCUCUUGCUUUGAAUGCGAGACAAUUUUAGGUGGACAGAGGUACAUCAUGAAGGAUGGACAAUCCUUCUGCUGUGGAUGCUUUGAGUCAUUGUAUGCAGAGUAUUGUGAGGCCUGCGGGGAAAAUAUUGGAGUGGACCAUGCUCAGAUGACGUAUGAAGGUGUACACUGGCAUGCCACUGACAAAUGCUUCUGUUGUGCCCAAUGCAAAACUUCAAUUCUGGGCUGCCCCUUUCUUCCAAAAGAGGGUCAGAUUUACUGCUCUAAAGCCUGUAGCCUUGGUGAGGAUGUCCAUACCUCAGACUCUUCGGACUCAGCCUUUCAGUCUGCCAGAUCACGGGAAUCUCGGCGUAGCGUACGAAUGGGCAAGAAUAGUCGCCCUACAGAGCACUGUAAUCAAACACAACUCUAUUCAGCAACAGACUACAGGACCUCCAGUCUUUGUGGUGACAAAACUGAGACCGUAUGCCAUCAGUUGGAGAGACUGAACUUUGCAGAGGAAAACUACUGGAGAGACAGGGAUGAGCAGGAAGCCCCCGAGGACAGUGUAGAAGAUUGGGCUGAACAUGAGGACUACAUGACCCAGCUGCUCCUGAAAUUUGGAGACCGUGGAGUCAUCCAAACAGAGGACACCAGGCAGGCUGAAGCUUGGAUGAUAAAAGACUCUGAGAACAAUAGGACCAAACCAGAGAUGAAGAUGAGUCACCACAAUUUCGCAAAUAAGAAACACCACACAGAUAUGUACUGGGCUCAAUCACAGGAUGGACUUGGAGACUCUGCCUAUGGAAGUCACCCUGGCCCAGCUAGUGCUAGAAAGAUUCAAGAGCUGGAGAUGGAUCAGGGAGCAGGACCAGGUUUCUGGUCUGAGUCUAGGCAAUGGUACGAAGACUCUUUGGAUUGCAUUGCAAGUGAACUCCGAAAGGCUGAGCACAGCAUUGGAGAUUCUAUGGAUUCUCUAGCUCUCUCAAACAUUACAGGAGCUUCAGUGGAUGGAGAUGGCAAAAACAGACAGACCAUCUACUCAUUCCAAAACAUGGAAGAGCAGGAAAGAGAGAUAGAAGGCUGUGAUAACAUCAGUAACAUGGGCACACUAAACUCCUCAAUGCUCCACAGGAGUGCUAAUUCCCUGAAGAGUCUAAACUCAGAGCUGGACCAUGAGGGGACACUGGAGGCAGAGGAGGAACAGAAAAUAACUCCUUAUUUUGGAGUGGAAACACCCUCUCCGCUGCAUCUUCCUGUGCUGAGAAGAACCAAGUCUCAAUCUCAGCCCCAAUCCAGACCUCAACAAGUGAAGUUUUCUGAUGAUGUUGUGGAUAAGGGAUAUUAUGUUGAAAUGGGCUUGAGGCACCCACCAAUGAGUGAGAGGACUCGCAGGCGGACCCAUCACAUGGAGGAGCCGCCGAAAUGUCCUUCCAACAGACAUCACAAACGCAGACAGGGCCGGAAAACACUUUCAGAAAAUGCCUUGCAUCUUCCUUCUAAGGAGAGGGCAAAAAUGCAUGAUGUGCCUCAGGCAACUGGCUCAAGCAUACCCGAACCCAGGAAUGGUAUUCUUCUGAAACCUUCGGCACACAAAACCAAUUCAGACUAUGCUCAGCAGGGUAUGGUCCGAGUGGACCACUUACAAGACUUUUGUGAUGAUGAUGAAGAUGACUGGUGUUCAACAUGCUCCUCUUCAUCCUCAGAGUCUGAGGAAGAGGGGUUCUUCCUUGGCCAGCCAAUCCCCAAACCCAGAUCCCAAAGCUUUCAUUAUUACACUGAGGACUAUCCAACUCGGGUCACAGCUUUAUCACCCCCUUACGGCUCACAGACCAAACAGAAAAGGAAAGGGCACAAGGGAAAGAACUGCAUAAUUUCUUAGACUUUAGACUAAAUAUAUCCAGCCUGCCUCCGUCGCAAUUGGAACAUAAACAUGCCUUACUCUAAAGGAGCUGGAAAACAAAACUUCUUUAAUGAGAUUUAAGAUUGUGACUUUACAAGUAUGGCGUGCCAGUUGUAUUGGUGUUGUAUGAACAAUGGAAAGUAACCAAUAUUUCCUUGUACAUUGUAUAGCAAAAGCAAUAUUCCCAAAAGCAAAAUUACUGAGUAGCAUACAGACUAACUAAAUUAUUAUUUAAUAGUGCAAGCAAUGUACAUUUGUAAAAUUAAGAUUGGAAUACUGAUAUUUUUUAUAUUCAAAUAUGUUAAAUGAUUAAUUACCACAAUUUUCUGUCCUCAAUGGAGUUUUGAUUAUUACUGAACAAAUUUAACCAGGGUUUUGUAAAUGCAAAGAUAAAAUAUAUGAACUAUCCACAUGUUUAAUAUCCUUGUUAUGUUCCUUUGUGGGUGUAAUAACUGCACUCUUAAACAUUUCUGUGUCCACGAUAUGCUUAUGUGCUUAAACAGUGUUGGGGAGAGAUCUACCCUCAAUCAUGUACAUUUAACUACAGUAACCAUACUAUCCCUUUUUAACUAAGACGUCAAUAAAACAACUUAAGAGAGAUUUAAAACAUUUUCUUGCUAGUUGA